AUGUAGGCAGAGGACUUCGUGAAACUUCACUUCUAAGGUAUGAAGUUAGUGAAAAAAUAUUUUAUACUUAGUUUAUAACAAAUAAACUUUACCUGCCAUCUUCGUGUUGUAUCCAAUGCAACUGCAAACGACAACUGGCUGCCAGACAAAAGCUGAUUCGCAUUAUGGAUGAAGUCACUCUUAAACAAAUACUCGAUGAUCCACACUACCAACGAGAAGUACGAGCAACUGUGCUGGCUGAAAAGCCUGUACAUAAUCAAACCAGAAAGUUGCUGGAACUUAUAGAAAGCUCAGAGCUGAAAUCAAAUCAGUUCAUUGAAAUAUUAUUUGAAGUGAACUCAGACCUUGCCUCUGAAGCAGGCCUAAAGAAAGCAGCGGCCCCUAGUCAAGCAGCACCAGACAGUGCCAGCAGAUCCCCAAAGGGUAAAGGACCUCUGAUGAUCAGCUACUGCCACAAACAGAAAGAUAUGGUGAAGAGGAUUGCAGAGGAGCUGAAGACCAGAGGGAUUCAAGUCUGGAUUGAUGAUAAAUUACGAGAAGAUCUGACAAAAGAAAUAUCCGAAGCAAUAACAAAUGCGUGGGCUGUCAUAGUAUGUUUCUCAGAGGCUUAUGAAAAAAGCAAGUGGUGUAAAAGAGAGAUUGAAUUUGCAGUAAACUCCAAUAAGAGAAUGUUUUUUUUGAAGAUGGAAGAGUUCACACCCCAAGCCUGGUUUCAGAUGCUUAUGGGAAAUCGGAUAUACCACAAAUUUAUAGAUGAUGACAGCUUUAAAGAAAACAUUGGGAGAUUCAUUGAAAUCAUCAAGGAAGCAGCAGCAAGAGAGGCCGAUUCUAACCAGGAAUAAGAAAGAUGACUGAGGGAAGAAGAAUUUGAAACUGCAGUUUAAUAAAGAAUGUUUUAGAAUUUUAAA